GAGAGUCUGCGCACUGAAAUGCCUUCUCGGACGGUGUUACAUAUCAUAUUUUAGCCACGCCCAUCACGACCCACUUGAUCAUUUUCUCUUUCCUGGACCAUGAUCUGUUCUUUAUCGAUAUCGAACGGUGGAAAAUCAUCACGGCCUUCACAGCCCCGUGACAAACUCUUGACGACUGUGUUUAGUAAGUAGGCUGCGGAUACCCAGAAUAUCGUAAUGGAAGACCAAGAAAGUUCCUUAGUGGUUGACGGGGCUCACUUCUUGGUCUCUGUCUUACUUGGUCUUUUGCUAUCCGAUACUCUCUCUAUUUUCCUUUCCUUUGGUUUGAAGUGCAAAAGACUCGGUUGCCCGAGAAUCAAAACUGCUUUUUUCUGCUUUAUGCGCAUGCUUUACUUUCUGUAAUAUUAUUUACUCUUUUCUUUCUUUCAUUCUUUCCUUCUUUCCUUCUUUUUCCUUUUUUUUUUUUUUAUCUUCAAUCAUUUCCUGCUUUGCGUGGGGUUAUAUUUUCUGGUUCGAAGAAGCUAUUUCUUCCGUGUUUUUCUUGCUCUUCUGUUUGUUUGGUGGAAUUUCCGUCUUUGAAGAGGAUUUCUAUGAGUUGUUUUUGUUGACUGUAUGAAACUAUUUGACGAGCGAAGAAGAUUAUGCAUGUCAAUUUUGGGCUCUGUGUGCCUGGGAAGUUUCUUUGGCACUGUGGUUUUCUCUUUACUUUGAUCAUCUACGGAAGAGCUUCAAGAAGGAUACUUUACGGGCCUGAAUUCUGCUUCAAAUUCGACAUAUUUGGAGGAGUUUUGUGGGUUAAGAGCUAGGCGCCGUAACUCUCUGUUAUUAUUGUCUCCUGGGCUUUUAAGAAUUGGGUUUUGGUUAUUCUCAAUAUACAGUAUCUGGGGUUAAGCUGUUGUAUAUCAGGCUGAGGAGUUAAAAAGGAGCUCCUAAUCAAAGUUUGGGUCUUCGAGGAAGUCGCAACUGGAUAUAAGAUAAUUUCCUUUGCAUGGGGACUGAUGUUGCUGAAGCAGCAGAAAUAAUUACAAAUCCUGGUUCCUUUAAGGUUCAUCAUUUAAUGUGUUCCGAGUUUCUGAAGUUGGUUAAUAGAAUCUUGAGUAUAUUUCCAGAUAUUGAAGCAGCUAGACCUCGCUGCUCAUCAGGAAUACAGGCGCUAUGCUUUCUAAACCGUGCAAUUGAGAAAGCCAAGUCAAUUCUCCAACACUGCAGCGAGUCUAGCAAACUUUACUUGGCACUAACAGGAGAUGUGAUAGUCUCAAGAUGUGAAAGAUCAAGAAACUUAUUGGAGCAAAGUUUAUGCCAGAUUCAGAAUAACGUUCCAAUGGCAUUGGCUGUUGAGGUCUCUCAAAUAGUUGAUGAUCUCAGGGGAGUGACAUUUACAUUGGACCCAUGUGAAGAAGAAGCUGGAAAAGCUGUAAGAGAACUGCUUCAUAAAGGUGAUUCUUCAUCAGAUAAAGAUUCUAUGGAAAGCUCUGAAAUCAAAGCUCUUCAACUUGCGGCUCCAAGGCUACAUAUUACAUCCCCCAAGGCUAUUGUAAUAGAGAAAAGAUCACUAAAGAAAUUACUGGAUAAAGUUGGUGAUACUGACCCUAAAAGAAAGAAGAUUUUGACCUACUUACUGUAUCUAUUAAAGAAGUAUGGAAACUUGAUAAUAGAAGAGUAUAGAGAAAAAGCAUCUGCUUGUCGUCAUCACCAGUCAUUUGCAUUUCAGAAUUUGGGUAAUGGUUCUAUGUAUAACCAAUCUACUGAAGUAGAACCACAGAUGAGAUACUGGCAAAAUAAGGCUCAAAUAAACAUGUUAAGUAAAGCUGUACCCCCUGAGGAAUUUAAAUGCCCAAUAUCUUGCAGACUGAUGUAUGAUCCUGUUGUCAUUGCUUCUGGCCAAACAUACGAAAGAAUGUGGAUACAGAAAUGGAUUGAUGAGGGCCAUGAUACAUGCCCAAAAACCAAUAUGAAGUUAACCAAUCUGUCACUGACUCCAAAUUCUGCCAUGAAGGAGUUAAUGUCAAGUUGGUGUACUAAAUAUGGAGUCACCAUAUCAGAUCCAAGUGUGCAGCCUGAAGCACUCCACUUAUGGGAGACUUCUUCAACUUCCAUCGCUAGUUUUGGCAGUUCCAUGAAUGACCUACGUUUGCCAAUAGAUGUAAGCAGCAUAUCACUCGGAUCAAUAGAUACUGGUUACAAUUCAGAUUCUUCUCACGCUAAGACAGUAGAUGGCUUAAGUUUGGUGCAGAGUGAUUCUGAUAGGUGCCAAUCUGAUGCUAAUAUGUGUAAGCUAGAUCUUGAAUCUCUAUCUAAACUUGGUGAGCUGUCCUGGGAAUCUCAAUGCAAAGUUGUUGAAGAUGUCAAAAAUAAGUUGAAAUACAAUGAUCAAGCUUGUCAUUCACUGUCAUUGGAGAACUUUGUUGAACCUCUUAUCAUGUUUUUGAAGGAUGCACAUGAUCUGGAAGAUGUAAAACCUCAAAGAGAUGGGUUUCAGUUGCUGUCGACUUUUGUGAGCAAAACCAGAAAUCAAAUACCACAUCUACCCGAAGAUGCAUUUGAUCUAUUGGCGUCUUUUCUUGAUUCUGAAGUAAGUGAAGAAGUUCUUGCCAUUUUGGAAAUUUUGUCUUCCCACCGUUAUUGUAGACAUAAGAUCACAGCAUCUGGUGCUCUUACAUCCAUUUUAAAAUUCCUCAACUCUGGAAGCAUAGAUUUCCAGGAGCAAGCCCUUAAAAUUUUGUAUAACCUGUCCUCAAACAAUGAUGGUCAUUCAAAUAUUGUACCUCCGGAGUGCAUCCCAACAUUGGUUUCUUUCUUUAAACAUAGCGAUUUAGCUGGCUACUCUUUAUUCAUUAUGAAGAAUCUAUGUGACACUGAAGAAGCUCGGGUUUGCAUUACUGAAACUAAGGGAUGCAUUGCUUCUAUCGCAGAAGUACUUGAAACUGAGAAUUGCCAGGACCAGGAGCUUGCAGUUGCUAUCCUUCUUUCUCUGUGUUCUCAACGCGUUGAAUAUUGUCAGCUGGUUAUGGAUGAAGGUGUUAUCCCUGCUCUUGUCAACAUAUCGGUCAAUGGUAACGACAAAGGUCAGGUGGGCGCUUUGGAACUUCUUCGGCUCUUAAGAGAUACCAGGAAUGGUGAUGAGCAAGAAUUCACUGAAAAGCCUGAUUAUGCUAUCAAAGAGUCAAGAAAUCAGUCCAACGAAAGGAAGUCAUCCAAGGCGUAUAAAUUUUUCGAAAGGUUAACAAAAUCCAGUAAUAAGAAGAAAUGAAACCUACGCCUUCAGAUUGUUUUUGGUCUCAUAGUGUUUUAGAGUUCCAUUUCAAUGCUGAUGCACAUAGGAUCCGCCUGGCAAGAUCCUCCGACUCUCCGAGCGGAGAUCUUAUCAUGUUAUAGGUAAAUAUACUUUAGGUGUGUUUUUUUCUUUGGGACGUUGGUAAAUGUAUAUUGUUUUCUUUUUUGCUUUUUUUUUUGGGUCAAAGUUGGUACAUAUAGUGGAUGGACGGUUUUGCUAGGCUUGCCAGUUUAUAUUGUUUAUUCAUUAUGAAACUUUUACCAUUUUCCAGCUCUUACUUGAUAAAAAUGUAUAGUUUCCGUAUUA